UAAGAAUUCAGGAUGAAAAAUAACCUAUCAGUUGAAAAAACAAAACACAAAUUAUAUACAUGCACAUCAUACAAAACAGAACUCAGAAAUAAAACAGUUAUGAUACAUGAUUUCUUUAAUAUUUUGUAACAUCUUAUCGACAGGUAAGUCAUAUGACAACGGUUUACCUUAAAUAGAACAAAAUAAAAAUGUAAUCAUUCGAUGUAAUAGUUGGGAAAUCCUAAGUAAUUUUAGAGUGUCAAGAAAUAUAAGUUUACUGUAGUUAACGAUGGGAUGGCUUAUUUCUGAGCAGUUUCCUCUGGACGUAAUAAUCAGGAAUUUAAUGAUGGCUUUCAAUGUUCCUGAUUUGUCACCGAAUACACAUGGACGUAUUCAAGAAUACAUAUUUGAUCUUUCAGAACAUCUAACCAUUAUAACCAAAAUGGAAAGAGCUGUGAGUAUUUCAUUAGGCGUAACUGUAUAUGAAAAAACUGUACCAUUUAUAAAGUACCUCAAGAUGAUUUUCAGUCAACUGACUUUCAAUAUCUUGAAAAUUAAAAUGGAGUUUAAAAAUAAUAACACAAUAACAAAUGGUUUACUUUAACACGAUCAUGACGAUC